AGAAGCAAAAUCCUGGUGCAAAUCAAUUUAAGGGAAAUAUACUUCCGUCAAAACGUAGACCCGUUCCCGAAUCAAAUAGCUGAGAAGUGGACGCAUCACCGCCUAUGUCGCGACUCAGGGCAGCCUGGGAAUGCCUCCACGUUGGCACCGGAAUGCAUGGUUUUUGAAUUAGCAGUUUUGGCAUAUGACGGAUUGUCUUCUGCUAGAGAGCCAUGUGAUUCAAUUAAACUUUGUCAAUUUUUGUGCCGAUAGAGACGCAUCUUGAGUUCUUUAGAAGCUAUCAUUUUCUUCCCAAAAUCGCCAAAUCCCUCUACCACAAAAUGAGCAGCAUUUCUUCAAUAAGAAAUAUCAGCAAACGCAACCUAUGUUCCAAUUUUUUUAUUGGAACUUCCCUUCCAAGCCUACAAUGGAGAUUCUACAGUCGCGCUCGCUCUCCUCAGCAAUUCACCAGAACCAUAAACCUCAAAGUCUCUCCCUUUCUCUAUACACCGUUUCCCUCGCAUCCCUUUUCGACUUUGAAUUCGAAAUCUAAAGUUGGAUUUAUAGGAUGGUAUUUGGGGAAGCUCGAUUCACGCCCAAUCCUGACGAAAACUAUCACAACUUCUCUUAUUUUCGCCGCUGCUGACUUGACCGCUCAGAUGUUGUCACCAUCAUCUGGAUCUGGUUCAUUUGACUUAAUAAGGACACUACGCAUGGCUGCAUAUGGGUUGCUGAUUUUAGGGCCAUCACAGCAUCUGUGGUUCAAUCUUAUGUCAAAAACUUUGCCAAAACGUGAUGUGUUGACUACCUUGAAGAAAACUUUUAUGGGACAGGCUAUUUAUGGACCUGCUAAUGCCAUUGUUUUCUUCUCCUACAAUGCAGCUUUACAAGGUGAAAGUGGUGAUGAGAUUGUUGCUAGAUUGAAGCGUGAUGUGCUCCCAACAUUGAGAAAUGGUCUUUUGUAUUGGCCAUUCUGUGAUUUUUUUACAUACAAAUUUGUUCCAGUUCAUCUACAGCCAUUGGUGAACAGUGUGUGUGCAUAUCUAUGGACAAUCUAUUUAACAUACAUGGCAAGCUUACAAAAAGUGAUCACCAGUUAAUCUUUAGAAUUUUACUUCAAAUCAUCCACAGCUUGUACGCACUAUGAGUUAGCUAAAGAAAGAGGAGAAGAACCUGACUGGUGCGACCCAUCUUGCUGGUUCUAGAUUAAUCAUUAAUAUUAAAUUUCUUAUUGUUGCUGGUAGGUAUUCUUUUAGUUAUAGAUAAUCAGUUUCUUUAUGAAUUUAAUGUCCGGAUCCGGUUGGUUAGAUUUUGGAUUUGAAAUGCAUUUCAACGACAGAUAAUUGACUUCUAGCUUCUUGCAUAUGCAAGUUAACAAAUUCUGCUUUUGAUGUUGACUGGAUUACUAGCAUGCAAUACAUAUGUUUUCUUU